GUUUGCUCCAUUCAGUGGCGGGUUCCGAGGCAGAGGGAGCUUCGGCGGAUGGGAGCUGCUGUUGCACAAUAGAAACGGGUCCUCGGCCAGCAUCACUCAGAGGGCAGCAGCCACAGGAGGAGGUGCGGUAUAAAAAAAAAUGUUCUCUCGACUAAGAGUAGCUGCCACUCCCUGUGCGAUGGUGUGUCGCAGUGCACAUACAAAAGAAAAAGGCAAGCCACUGAUGUUAAACCCACGAACAAACAAGGGUAUGGCCUUUACAUUACAUGAACGACAACUGCUUGGAUUGCAAGGACUUCUACCUCCUAAAAUAGAGACACAAGAUAUUCAAGCCUUACGCUUCCAUAAGAAUUUGGCAAAAAUGACUGACCCCUUGGAAAAGUAUAUCUACAUAAUGGGAAUCCAAGAGAGAAAUGAAAAAUUAUUCUAUAGGGUAUUACAAGAUGAUAUUGAGCGGUUAAUGCCAAUUGUAUACACACCAACAGUAGGCCUUGCUUGCUCCCAGUAUGGACACAUCUUCAGGAGACCAAAAGGAUUAUUUAUUUCUAUCUCAGACAGGGGCCAUAUAAGGUCAAUUGUGAACAACUGGCCAGAGAACGACGUUAAGGCUGUUGUUGUCACUGAUGGAGAAAGAAUAUUGGGUCUUGGAGACCUUGGUGUAUAUGGGAUGGGAAUUCCUGUAGGAAAACUGUGUUUGUAUACAGCCUGUGCAGGAAUACAUCCAGAUAAAUGCUUGCCUGUGUGCAUUGACGUUGGAACUGAUAAUACAACACUCUUAAAAGAUCCAUUUUAUAUGGGGCUAUACCAAAAAAGGGAUCGCUCACAGGUGUAUGAUGACUUAAUUGAUGAAUUUAUGGAAGCCAUUACAGACAGGUAUGGCCAGAACACACUUAUCCAAUUCGAAGACUUUGGAAACCACAAUGCUUUUCGUUUUUUAAGAAAAUACAGAGAGAAAUAUUGUACCUUCAAUGAUGAUAUUCAAGGGACAGCUUCAGUGGCCUUGGCAGGACUGCUGGCAGCACAGAAAGCCAUUGGUAAACCAUUUGCAGAGCAGAAAGUACUAUUCCUUGGAGCAGGAGAGGCUGCCCUGGGAAUUGCCAACCUCAUUGUUAUGGCUAUGAUGGAAAGUGGUGUUUCCGCUGAGGAAGCCUAUAGGAGAAUAUGGAUGUUUGACAAAUAUGGCUUAUUGGUUCAGGGCCGAGAACAAAAGGUAGAUUCCAAUCAAGAACCAUUUACACAUCAGGCUCCAGAGCAGAUACCAAAGACAUUUGUAGAGGCAGUGAAUGUACUUCAGCCUUCAGCUAUCAUUGGAGUUGCGGGAGCUGGGCGGCUCUUCUCUCAGGAUGUGAUCAAAGCAAUGGCCUCUAUCAAUGAGCGACCCAUAAUAUUUGCACUAAGUAACCCUACAGUGAAAGCUGAAUGCACAGCAGAGGAAGCGUAUACAUUAACAGAGGGCCGUUGCUUGUUUGCCAGUGGCAGUCCCUUCGAGCUGGUGACUUUGAAAGAUGGAAGAACCUUCAAACCAGGCCAAGGAAACAAUGCUUAUAUUUUUCCAGGUGUGGCUCUCGCUGUGAUCCUCAGCAGUGUUCGGCAUAUUAGUGACAAGGUUUUCCUAGAGGCUGCUAAGGCAUUGACAGAACAGCUGACCGAUGAAGAACUUGCACAAGGAAGACUUUAUCCUCCACUGUCUAAUAUCAGGGAAGUUUCCAUUUAUAUUGCUGUCAAGGUUAUGGAAUUUUUGUAUGCAAACAACAUGGCUUUCCAUUACCCUGAACCUGCAGACAAGAACCGUUACAUUCGAUCAAAGGUUUGGACCUACGAAUACGAGUCCUUCAUGCCAGAUGUGUAUGACUGGCCUGAAUCUAAGGUUCACUGAUGCAUCAGAAGAUUGCACUCCUCAGGCAGCAUCUUCUACUCUGCAGGGAUUCCUUUUUCAAAGCAGUUUAAAUCAUCAUCUUUGAGUCCUAUAAUUUAUUUUUGCUCAUUUUGUUGUCUUUUUUUUUUCCCCCUUCUGCCCUGUUUUUCACUUGAUGUAGAUUUCUCCCCACUCUCCCAAGUACCUGAUGACUGUAUGGAUGAUGGCAUCCACAGGAAUGAGAGAGGACUCGAAAAUACAUUUAAAUAAUGACAUUGCAGUUCUAGCUAAGAGCCAGCACCACACUAAAGAAUUCCAUUAAUGAUGGUUUAGCUACGUGCAUUUGAUGAUGAACUAUAGCUCUCUCAUCACUGUUGAUUUCCAGAAUGAUUUAUUUCUGCUUUUAAUAAUCAGUCUUCUAAUUGUCCUGGAGUUGUCACGCUGUGUUAUCUGUGACAUCACCAGAGAGCAUUUGUCAGAAAAGAAAGGACAGCUUAAGACAAAUCUUAACAGUCUAACGGGCUUUCUGUUUUAUCUGAUAUUUAAAGAUGUCUAUGUCCAGACUUCCUUGUGGCAUUGGCUGCUCUUGUUUCUUUCAACGCGCUUUGAGGAGCAGCAUGGUAUACACACAUGGAAUCUGCAGCAAUGUCUGUAUUUUGUGUUUUCAUCAUAGUGUAAAAAAAAAUCUGUUAUCAGGAAACACAUGAGCUAGUUAAAAAUAUUCUUGGAAAGCCUGAAAAUCAUAUUAAUCACUUAAUAGCUUUUAAAAACAAAGCUAUGCUGUUGCAUAAUAAAUUCUAUAAAGUAAAGGCAGGAUCUGAGGCAAUUUAUGGAAAUCUUUUAGAGGUUUUAAGGGGAGAUUUUCUGCAGUGGACUCCAAGGUGAUGUGCCAGAGGGUUUUUGUUUCAUCUGUUAAUUUUUUUCAAGGUUCUGUUUCUUUUAAGCUAAUUUGUUUUCUGUCUUGCAUACCCUUGUUCUCACAAAACGACCUGCGUGUGAUGUUUUCGUGACAUUGCUGACUCAAAAACUCGUAAGUGGACUGACUCACUUGCCACUUUGAACAACCCCCCUGCAGACAGCUGAUGAAGCUGAAACAGAAAGUGCUACAGGCAGCUGUUGACACACACAUUUACAGAAGUUUGAACAUUUCUUGUGGUCUUAGUCCAGUAUAUUCAGUUCAGUUUGAAGACAGGACUCAAAAGUUCUAAUGCCUAGAAGCUGUAAGUUGAUCACUUAAUCUUCCUCACUCCCAUUUACAGAUGUAAUUUGUUGGGGGUUUCUGAAAACAAAAAUUGAGUUGAAUUCUUCCUUGCAGUGAAGAGCGCUGCACAUUUGAUGCAGAUACCACAGUGUGCAUUCCUUUUCAUUUUGUUCAUACCAGGUUUGAGUGCCCUCCAUUAGUUUGUAUUAGCAGGCAGGGACACACAGUGAUAGUUACAGUCUGUGACUUUUCUAAAUCUGGUUGCUGUAACAAGAACAGUGGUAUGUCAGGAACAGAAGGGAAGACAAUGUGCUGUUUCAUGGUGUUCUGCAUCAAGGUAAAAAAGGACAAAAAUAAAUAGAUAGAUGUAAAAGGGCUAUACUGGCAAACUUGAAGCCAGAAUCCAAAGAGAUGAAGUAAAACUUGCUCAGGAUUUACCCGUGGUAAGCACCUCUCUUGUUUCCUCAUUUUUAUUGGAAAAUGUGAUCUCCAAAAGAACAGGCCCAAAAUAGAACAGGGAAAAUAGUCUCUGUACCCCUUUAGACAUGGUCUCUGCCUCUUACAGCCUAAUCUCUAAUUUUAAAAUUACGUUCACGUAUUAGAUAAAAAGAACAUGGAACUCUGGGAAGGCUUUUAUCUAAGUGAGGAAAGGAGACUGAUUAUAUAAAUGCAGAAAACAGUCAUGUGGGGAAAAGGCUGCAUAUUCAAACUGUGGUAAAGUGCUGUCUGGUGGGGCUCGAAAUGCCACAUUGCCAAAUUGGGCGAUGUAUGUGGUUUGCAACUUGUAUAUGUAAGUAUAUGUACAAAAAAGACCAACACACACACAGACGAUGUUUUUACAAAGAAUGUUUUUUCCAUCUAUUUUUGCUAUGCCUGGUUUGUAUUGUAUUUAAAUUUGUGAUCUUACUGAAAAAUUGUUAAUUUAAUGUACAAAUUAUUUUUACCUUCUGAAAAUUCAACUCUAGCUGAAGCCUGUGGUAGUGUGUCAAUGGAGUUCUGCAUCACUGGGUUCAAGAAUAUUGGGAACGCACAAUUCCUCACUUCUGCCAACAUACUAAUUAGGCAGAUGGAGUAACAAAAAUAUCCCAUGUGCUGAUCUUGUGUCCCGGCUGAGACUGAUCACAGAGGCAGGGCAAUCAGUCUGUAAAUAUAAAUCUGUCUUACAAAAUAAAGAUUUCCAUCCAUC